AUGGUGAGAACAAUGAGAUCACUUCGGGUAGGGCUUCUGCUAUUCUUCGUAACUGUUGGGUUCGCUGAGGGAGAUUGCUUGCUCUGUGAAAAAGGGGCGGACGGGUUGAAGCGCCCAGGUUACUUCGUUGAUGCGUACAGGACAACUUGCGCUCAGAAACUGACCUCAAUUGUGUUUUCCAUGGAAGGAGACAGCGCUGAAUGUGCCUGGCAACGUAUCAAAUAUCGAGAGAUGUGCUGUGGCGAGGCCGAGCCGCCUCCAAUCGACCAACUGCCAACACUCCAUCCAGCUACGCAAGUCCAGCACACGGGACCCUUUCCUCCUUGCGAUAUUUGUGAUGACAAGACGUUUCCAUCCGAACCAUCGAUGAUAUUAAAUCUGCUAUACUUGGGUAUGGGAUCCUGCCGAGAUUUCGUGGUGGUUGGGAGGGCUGGCAAGAUCGUCCCAAACAUGUGCUCACAACUUCAGGGUGUUGCCUAUAAACCAUGUGGUUGUGGAGUUGGCGAUCCUGUGGACUUUGAUGACGCCAGCAUAGAUCCCGUAAAAUUCCAAACUACUCCAGCUCCUGACGUUUCGGAUGAUCCUCCUACAUCAGAGCCGUCCGCAACACCCUCGAGGCAACCGUCGAGUAAACCUUCAUAUCUUCCUUCUGUGGCUCCAAGUGCAAGCCCAUUGAUGGCGCCGUCAAUAUCACCAAGCCAAGGCCCAUCAACUCAACCAUCCACAUAUCCUUCUUUGUUUCCCUCAACUCAACCAACAUCAUCUCCUUCCCCGGCUCCCUCAACCACGGAGCCUUCACUUUUUCCUAGUUUCGGCCCCUCAUUGGCUCCUUCGAUCUCGCCUAGCCUGGCUCCUUCGAUAUCCCCGUCCGUAUAUCCUUCCAUCCAUCCAUCCUUGUUUCCUUCCAUCCAUCCAUCCUUGCUUCCUUCGCCCUUUCCAUCCACAACUGAGCCUUCCAUUUCUCCUUCUGGGUCUCCCUCGUUUGGCCCAUCUUCCUUGCCCUCAGAAGCCCACGGGAACGUUUUUCGGCGAACUCCAGAUAUUGAUGGAAAAGAUGGGAUUGAAAAAUAUGACAGUGACAACCGUGGGGGAAAUGGUGGUGUUCGUCGUUUAGUCAAAGGAGGGCGCUACCAAGCUAGAGAUACAGUAGAUAGACACUAA